AUGCAGAGCUUAGCAGCAAUUUGUGUGGCGAUAAAAGUGUACAGAGGGGAAUGUUCUUAUUCGGAUAAAGUCACUCGCUUUUGGCCAGAAUUUGGAAAGAAUGGCAAGGAGGAAAUAACUAUUGAUAUGAUCCUUACUCAUCAAGUAAAAUUUGGAAAAAAUGGCAAGGAGGAUAUAACUAUUGAUAUGAUCCUUACUCAUCAAGCUGGGUUGCCAUACUUUGACGAAGAUAUCACACUUGACGAUGCUAAAGACAAAGCGAAAAUUUCAAAAAUAAUAGAAGAAGAGUCUCCAAAACAUCCCCCAGGAUCCCAAAUUGCCUAUCAUCCAAUAACGUUUGGAUGGCUGAUUGACCAGGUAUUUUGCCGGAUAGACGCAAAACAUCGAAGUGUUGGAGAGUUUUUUCGAGAAGAAAUUCGAGACAAGUUUGGUACGUAUUGUUAUCAAAAAACCCUUGCUUUGCACAUUAGAGGCACCCUACAUUCUAAAGCAACUUUGUCUGCUCAUUUAAGCAUAAAACGUGUGUUUCUACCAAACUCAUUAAUUUAGAU